GCAGCUGACACAGGAGGACAUCUCGGUAGCCUGGCAGAGAACCCCAGCAGGCCCACCAAGGAGGGUGCGCCUCAUGGGGCCACCCCAUGGACUCAGCAAUGGUUUACCGGGUCCACCUACCGAUAUUGCACCACAGCUGGGCAGGAGAGGGCUGAUAGACCGGACCGAGUAUGUGCGGGUGCUGGAGCAGGCACUGCGGGCGCUGGGAUAUGAGGAGGUGGCAGCUCAGCUGGAGGCCGCGUCGGGCAUCGUGCAGCAGCCGCCUGCUGCCGCCGCGUUUCGCCGCGCCGUUCUGUCCGGCGACUUUGACGAUGCCCUGCGGCUGCUGCCGUCUGUUGCGGCAGAUGAAGGGGUAAUGGAUCGCGCAAAAUUCCUGCUCCUCAAGCAAAAAUACAUGGAAGGCGUGCAGCGUGGGCACACCGCCGAGGCACUGCAGGUGCUGCGCCAGGAGCUGCAGCCUCUGCGGGUGCAGCAGCAGGUGCUGCACAGCCUGGCGGCGCUGCUGCUUCGGUCCCCAGCUGCCGCUGGCGCAGCAGGCAUGAUGGGCUCGCCGCUGGCGCCUGCUGGCGCGGGGACCACCAGUGGCGAUAGCGCUGGAGGCGUGAGCCCCGAGCAGCUGGCUGCGGGGAGGGCGGCGUUGUUGGAUGAGCUGCAAGACAGUCUGAUGCCGAGCCUGCUGAUUCCAGAGCGGCGGCUGGAAGGACUGGUGGAGCAGGCCCUGGCGAGCCAGCUGGACCACAGCAAGUAUCACAACUGCCUGCACACCCGUCUGUCGCUUUUCACAGACUACCAGGCUGGCGCGGAGCAGCUGCCCACCGAGCCCAGCCAGGUGCUGGAGGAGCACAGCAGCGAGGUGUGGUGUAUUGCUUUCUCACUAGACGGCCGCUGGGCGGCAUCGGCGAGCAAAGACGGCACAGCGCUGCUCUGGUCUGUGACGAGCAGCGGGCGGCUGGAGGACCCGCGCCUGCUGCUGCGGCAGCCCGUGCCCUGCCAGCUGGUGGCCUUCAGCCCUGACAGCCAACUCAUCCUCACCGCCUCCCUUGACUCCAGCGUGCGCCUGCACGAGGUGGCCUCCGCCAGGCAGCUGCGCCAGUUCCCGCAGGGUCAGGAGGCCGUAGUGGCCCUGUCGUGGUUCCCCGGCAGCCAGCUGUUCCUGGUGGCCACACAUAAGCAGCUUUCGGUGCUUUCAAUCAGCGGGGCGCCGCACCAGCGCCUGCCCUCACCGCAUUCAUACGUGUAUGAUGCCGUGGUGGGGCCCGGCGGCACCUGCAUCCUCUCUGUGGGCCAGGACCGCAAGAUUGCCUUCCAGCGGCUGAGCGACCAGCGUGUGGAGCUGGUGGGCGAGUCUGGCACCGUGACCAGCAUGAGCCUCAGCCCCUGCCAGCACUUCCUCACCACCAAUCUGGCCGACAACUGCGUCCACCUGUGGCAGCUGCCGCCAGGCCUGGGGGGCCAGCAGGGCACAGCGGGAGGGCCCAGCCGCUACGUGCUACGCAGCUGUGUGGGCGGCGCCACCAGCGGUUUUGUGGCAUGCGGCGCGGAGGAUUGCCGCCUGUACCUGUGGAGCCGCCACUCGGGCGACCUGCUGGAGUGCUUGGCGGGGCACACGGGCUGCAUUAACGCCGUCGCCUGGCACCCGAGGAUGCCCCACCUCAUCGCCUCCGCCUCAGACGACGGCACCAUCAGGACGUGGAUGGCUGCAGCAGCCAUGAAGGGAGCCAGCUUAGGCUGACGCGUUGCCCCAACAUGCCACUGUUGCCAAGCGCAGCGCCUUGGCUG